CCUCUUCCUGAACAGUCUGUUCACUUUGCACCGCUCUCCAUCCUGCUGCUACUGCCUCCAUCUGUAAUUUUCCUCCCUCCACACCUCCAAAACCUCCAGGACAGAGGGACUGAAGGAUCAAUUUACCCUUCGCGCAAGCACCUUAACCCCGGGACGGAUUCUACACAUCACCGCUAAAAAGAUCCACCUGAAAUAAUCAACAAAAUGGCACUCUCAAGCGACCCUAACUUCAUGAAGCUGCAGCAGUGGUACCAAGCCAAUGCUUCAAGCCUAAACAUGCGGGAGAUGUUUGACAGCGACCCGGGUCGGUUCUCCAAAUUCAGCACUACUCUUGAAACAGAUGAUGGACCAAUUCUUCUGGAUUAUUCCAAAAAUCUCAUCAACGAAGACAUCAUGGCCAUGCUUUUUGCUCUGGCCAAGUCUCGAGGAGUGGAGGAGGCCAGAGAUAAGAUGUUCUCUGGAGAAAAGAUCAACUUCACUGAGGGUCGCUCGGUGCUCCACAUUGCCCUUCGCAAUCGCUCAAACUCUCCGAUCCUUGUCGACGGGAAAGACGUGAUGCCAGAAGUGAAUCGCGUCUUGGAGAAAAUGAAGGCCUUCUGCCACAGAGUGCGCAGUGGAGAGUGGAAAGGCUUCAGUGGAAAGUCCAUCACAGAUGUGGUCAACAUCGGCAUCGGAGGAUCAGACCUGGGCCCCCUGAUGGUGACGGAGGCACUGAAGCCAUACUCAGCUGGAGGUCCCAACGUUUGGUUCGUGUCAAACAUUGAUGGGACUCACAUGGCCAAAACCCUCAAACAGCUCAAUGCAGAGACUACGCUGUUUAUCAUUGCAUCCAAGACAUUCACGACCCAGGAGACCAUUACCAAUGCAGAGUCAGCCAAAGAGUGGUUCCUCCAAACAGCGAAGGACGCAUCAGCUGUGGCUAAACAUUUCGUGGCCCUAUCCACCAACGCAGCAAAAGUGAAAGACUUUGGCAUCGACACUGCAAACAUGUUUGAGUUUUGGGAUUGGGUGGGAGGCCGUUACUCCCUGUGGUCUGCGAUCGGUCUGUCCAUUGCUCUCCACAUAGGAUUUGAAAACUUUGAGCAGCUUCUGGCUGGAGCACACUGGAUGGACAGUCACUUUUGCUCCGCCCCCCUGGCUCAGAAUGUGCCUGUCAUCAUGGCCAUGCUGGGGGUCUGGUAUAUAAACCUGUUUGGGGCAGAGACCCAGGCGCUGCUGCCCUAUGACCAGUACAUGCACCGCUUUGCUGCAUACUUCCAACAGGGCGACAUGGAAUCCAAUGGAAAGUACAUCACUAAAGAUGGCAGCCGGGUGAACUACCAUACAGGACCCAUUGUGUGGGGGGAGCCAGGGACCAACGGACAACAUGCAUUCUACCAGCUCAUACAUCAAGGAACACGUAUGAUUCCUUGCGACUUCCUCAUUCCCGCACAGUCUCAGCAUCCAAUCAGAAACAACCUCCAUCACAAGAUCCUGGUGGCUAAUUUUUUGGCCCAGACUGAAGCUUUGAUGAAAGGGAAAACAGCGUCUGAGGCUCGGGCUGAACUCGAGGCUGGAGGACUGAAGGGAGACGCUCUGCAAAAACUGCUACCACACAAAGUGUUUGAGGGAAACAAGCCCAGCAACUCCAUUGUAUUCAAGAAGUUGACUCCAUUCAUUUUGGGAUCUCUAAUCUCCAUGUAUGAGCACAAGAUCUUUGUCCAAGGGGUCAUCUGGAACAUUAACAGCUAUGACCAGUGGGGUGUUGAACUCGGAAAACAGUUGGCAAAGAAGAUCGAGCCGGAGCUGAAGGACGAUUCUGAGGUUUCUUCUCACGAUUCCUCCACAAAUGGACUCAUCAACUUCCUCAAGAAAAACUUCUAAAAACUGCUAAAAACGUUCCCGAAAAUUCCUGCGUCUGUCUGAAAUUGCUUCCACCAUUCCUCUUUGUGCACUUUAUGUCGUGAUCAUCGCAGCUGUAAAGUCGUGUUUAAAAAGGGAAUCUUGUGUUCCUGUGUUUGUGCAGAAAACUGUAGGUGAGAAACGCCCCGUGAGUUAAAGCAGCACUGACUUUAAAAUAAAAUGAAAAUUAAUAUAAAAAUAAAACUCUUUAUGUCACUGAA